GGAAACAGGACAAGUUUGAACUUUGAAUUUUCAUCGCUCCAAAGCUCCUUUGUAAUCAUCUUCUUUUCUUCUUUGGUCGCCCGCCAUGGCAAUUAGCCUUAAUUACCAUCUAUUUGCAGGCAACCCUUUAAGAUCCAAAACCCCUAAACUCCAUGACCCACUCUCUCUUUCUUCAUCGUUUGAGUCCCUCAAAUCCCAUCUCCACCAAAACCCAGAAACCCACCCUCCAAAUUCCCCAUUUUUCAAGGUCUUGCUUUUCAAAAAGGGCAGGCCAUUGGUUUCAUCUUCUAUCGAAGAGGAGGAUGGUGUUGCACCUAGUUGGCAUCUUGGGUGGAUCGAUUUAGCUGAUUGUAAAACCAUCUUGGGCAAACACGGGGUUCAACUCACUGAGUCGUCUUUGGUUUAUUUAGGCUCAAGAGCUGAAGAACACGUUGUUUAUUGGGCUAUGGAUGUGGUUGAAAAUGGUGAGUUGGCUACUGAAUUGAGUAAUAGGAAACAGCUUUGCUUUGUGGAACUUAGGACACUGAUGACGGCUACUGAUUGGACUGAUUCGUGGGUUAUGGGUGAUUUAGCCAUUGCUGGUCAUGGAAGGGCAUUGCUCGAAUGGCAUAAUCAAUCAAGAUUUUGUGGACAUUGUGGUGAUAAAACAGUGCCCAAAGAAGCUGGGAGAAUGAAACAAUGUUCUAAUGAAUUAUGCAAAAAGAGUGUUUACCCUCGUCUGGAUCCUGUUGUAAUUAUGUUGGUCAUCGAUAGAGAAAACAAUCGUGUGCUUUUAGGUCGACAGUCCCGAUUCGUACCUCGUAUGUGGAGUUGCUUAGCCGGAUUCAUCGAGGUAACCUGCUCUGGGGAAAGCUUAGAAGAAGCGGUGAGGCGAGAAGCGUAUGAAGAGACGGGUAUCGAAGUUGGAGAAGUUGUCUAUCAUAGUUCUCAGCCAUGGCCCGUUGGUCCAAAUAGUCUUCCAUGCCAGUUGAUGGUCGGGUUCUUUGCAUACGCGAAAUCUCACGAAAUAAAUGUGGAUAAGGAAGAACUAGAAGAUGCUCGGUGGCACAGCCGAGAAGAUGUGAGGAAGGCAUUGAGAUUUGCCGAAUACAAGAAGGCGCAAAGAUUGGCUGCAGCUAAGGUAGAUCAGAUGAUCAAAGGAGUUAAAAAGCGACGGAGUUCAUCGGCAGGUUAUCUUGCGAAAAGUGGGGAAUUCGCUCCCAUGUUUGUUCCGGGACCGUUCGCGAUCGCCCAUCAUCUCAUCUCGGCCUGGGCUAAUCAAGAUCCACCAACCGGCGCCAAAGCUCAAAUGAAAAAACCGCCUAGCGGUUUUGUUUCGAAACUAUAGCCGUGCCAAUUCUCUUCCGAAAGCUGCAGAAGAUCCGCCGUAUGCCUCGUUCUAGUGCGUCUGUUAAAAGGCAAGUUUAUAUAAUCGACAUUCGGGGUUCAAGGUUCCCUCAGUUUAUCACCAUUAUUAAUACUUCGAUGUCAUGAUCUUAGAAAAGAGUUGGGAAUUCUACGAUGUUUGUGUAUUAGAGUUCAACUGAUUAUGUAAGUGUUCACCUCAUCUUCAACUCGGAAGAUGUCUUUUCUCGAUAAAUUUGUUCGUAUAAUCGUUUUCACCUGCGAACGAGUAAAUGGAUUAUAGAUUUCGAGAUUUGAAGUUCAAA